GCGCGCGUACGCCGGGGCCGUGGCGCGUCAGCGCUUCCGGCCGCGCCCGGGGCCGAGCGGGCCGGGGACAGACCGGGAGCGGGCCGGGGACAGACCGGGAGCGGGCCGGGGACAGACCGGGAGCGGGCCUGGAACAGACCGGGAGCGGGCCGGGGACAGACCGGGAGCCGUGAGUGCGGGGCUGCCCCCGCCCCCUUCCUUUUCUCCCCUCUUCACCCCUCAUUCUCCCUCUCUCCUCUUCUUUCCCCCAGUUCUUUUCCCCUCCCUUUUCUUCUCCCACCCUCCCCCCCUUUCCUCUCCCCUUUUUCCCCCGGUCCUUUCCCCCACCUCAUCAUUCCCAUGUGAUGUAGAGUCCUUUGCGAAUGGGAUUGGAAGUGGGCACUGUGGGGUUCUCCAUGGCUUCAGCAGCAGACGCCUGGGAAUCCUCUCCCAUUCCUCUUUGGGCUGGAGCUUUUUUGCCUCUUUCCAGCCAGUUUUGCCUCUGGAAGGGGAAAUAAGAAAUGGACAUUCCUGAGAAAUGGACAGUGCUCAAAUGGAAUUAGGGGGGUAGUUGUCAAAUAACAUGAGAAGUAGUUAAAUCAUUUUAUUGUGGUAAAAAAUUGUUUAAAAAGCAUUGGGUGAGACAUAAUUUAAUUACCAAGCCAUGGAAAGGAAUUCCUCAGAUUCCAGUAGUAACAGGGUUAGACUCAACAGAUUCCUCAGAGCACCUUUAAAUCCAUAGAAAUCUGGUUUGUUCUGUGGUUAGAUGUUCGGAAAAAACACCCCAAAACUUCCACUCUUUUACAAGCUUUGGAGCAGCUUCAAGCAUUCCCUAGAAAUAGGGCCUGAUGGAGUGUUGGAAACGGGCCUUCAGAAUGUGCAGGCUGUGAGUCCAUUUUGAGGAACUCCCAUCAUUUGUGGGAUUUUCAGUUGUGUGAAUAUGAUUAUCCAUCACAUAAGAGUUUGGAUUUUUAUGUGGGCAGCAUUUUCAGGUGGUUUUUUUAGGACAACAGUUAACUUUUGCUUAAUCUUGCCUUCCUUUUAUUGUUGCCUGGCAAGGCUAGGAAUCAUUCCUUAAUUCCAGGUGCCUUAACUUGGAUCCAGCUCUGUUUGCUCCAUCCCUAUCCCAGCUUCUGACAGCCUGAAGGGUUUCAUGGAAAAUUAGGGUUGGGAUUUAAGCUCAGAUUCACUUCGUGGUUUUCUUGAGGUUCUGGAGAUUGGUCCAAGGUUGGAUUAAACAAUCUCGUAUCUCCUCCCAGCCCCAGCCACUGCAAACCUGUGGAAUUCCACUGGCUGACGUGGGAUCUCGUUAGCAGGGAGAAGGAAGAUGGAAAGCAACCCCGUUCUGCUGGAAUCCAAAUCAUCCCCCAUCAACCUGCUGAACGAGAUGCAGCAGCUGCGGCUGCUGGGCCACCUGUGCGAUGUCACGGUCAGCGUGGAGUACCAGGGCGUGCGCGCCGAGUUCCCGGCACACAAGGCCGUGCUGGCUGCCACCAGCAAGUUCUUCAAGGAGGUUUUCCUCAACGAGAAGCCCGUGGAUGGCCCCCACAGCAACGUGUUACUCAACGAGGUGCAGGUGGCCGAUUUCGCCUCCUUCCUGGAGUUUGUGUACACGGCACGUGUGGAGGUGGAGGAAGACCGGGUGCAGCGCAUGCUUGAGAUCGCCGAGAAGCUCAAGUGCCUGGAUCUCUCCGAGACUUGCUUCCAGCUGAAGAAGCAGAUGCUGGAAUCCGUGCUGCUGGAGCUGCAGAACUUCUCGGAGUCGCAGAAUUCCGAGGAGGAAAGUGCCACCCGCCCGAGCACUGUGCCCACGGCAAAGGCCGAGUGGGAUUCUCCAGAUUGUUCCGUAGCCACGCCUGGCCGUGGAGCAUCUCCUGAGGGGCCGGCUGCCAAGUCCAAGGAGAAGAUGGACAAAAAGAAGGAAGUGCUGAAGGCUCCUUAUGCCAAGAUCCGCAGGGCGAGCGGGCGGCUGGCUGGCAGGAAGGUGUUUGUGGAGAUCCCAAAGAAAAAAUACACCCGGAGGCUGCGGGAGCAGCAGCGGAAUGCCGAGGAGGAAAAGCAGCCCAAGGGUGAGGAGGGAGAGCAGGAGCAGGAGGAGAACUCUGGCAAACCUGAGGGGACCUCCCCGGAAAACCUCCCCAAAGGCGAGGUGGACAAAAAGAAGCGCAGCGGCACCUUCAAGUGCAGCACGUGCAGGAAGGAGUUCCUGUACGAGAAGAGCUUCCUGAAGCACAUCCAGCAGAGCCACGGGGUGGCCUCGGCGCUGGAGUUCCGCUGUGAGACGUGCGCGCAGACCUUCGCCAACCGCUGCAACCUGCGCAGCCACCAGCGGCACGUGCACAGCAGCGAGCGCCGCUUCCCCUGCGAGCUCUGCACCAAGCGCUUCAAGAGGAAGAAGGACGUCAAGAGGCACGUCCUGCAGGUGCACGAGGGCGGCGGGGAGCGCCACCAGUGCCACCAGUGCGGCAAGGGGCUCAGCUCCAGGACGGCCCUGCGGCUCCACGAGAGAACGCACACGGGACACAAGCCCUACGGCUGCCCCGAGUGCGAGGCCAAGUUCUCCCAGCCUUCGGCGCUGAAAACCCACAUGAGGAUCCACACGGGGGAGAAGCCCUUUGUGUGUGAUGAGUGUGGGGCCCGCUUCACCCAGAACCACAUGCUUAUCUACCACAGGCGCUGCCACACAGGGGAAAGGCCUUUCAUGUGUGAAACCUGUGGGAAGAGCUUUGCCUCCAAGGAAUACUUGAAACACCACAACCGGAUCCACACGGGAUCCAAGCCCUUCAAAUGUGAGGUUUGCUUCCGGACCUUUGCCCAGAGGAAUUCCCUGUACCAGCACAUCAAAGUCCACACAGGGGAGCGGCCGUACUGCUGUGACCAGUGUGGGAAGCAGUUCACGCAGCUGAACGCGCUGCAGCGGCACCACCGCAUCCACACCGGUGAGAAGCCCUUCAUGUGCAACGCCUGUGGCAGGACCUUCACCGACAAGUCCACGCUGCGCCGGCACACCUCGAUCCAUGAUAAAAACACCCCCUGGAAGUCCUUCCUCGUCAUCGUGGAAGGACCCGCCAAGAAUGACGAGGGGCACAAAACGGAGCUUCCUGAUGAGGAAUACGAGGUGUCCCCCAAAAUCCCAGAAAAGCUGCUGUCCUUCCCAGAGAACGGCCCCUACCAGAGUCUGGCAGCAGUCCCGGGAAGCGGGAAUUCCAGCACAGACUGUAAGGCCUCUGGAACACAGGAGUCCGUGCUGGGAGAACUCACUGUGCUCCACACGCAGACGGACUCUGGGCAGCCCCAGCUCCACGCCCUGGUGAACAUAGAAUGAUUUGGGAUUGCCUCCUGCUCCUUAGGCUGCAGCCUUUGUACAGUCCUUGGCCUGAGGGAGGCUGGUGGUGGGAAGCUGGGAGAGAGUGGAUUUCCAGCUUUCCUCUGGAAAUUCCUUCCCCAGCUCCAUCUCCUGAUGGUCAGGCAGGGUGGCACCACACUAGGGAAUUUGUAGGAGUUGAUCCCUUGAGAAUUCAGGGGGUGGCUUAGGUACCUUGGUGGUGCAGGUUUGUUUUCCAGGGAAUUCAAUGCCACGUGGACAAUCAGGAGAACCGAUGUUUAUGACAUUUGCUGUGUUUUCCCCAGUGGAAUUUCAUCCAGGAGAAGUCUGGCUAAAUUUGCUUUUCAGGAAAUGUUGGUUUCUCUCUGCUUUUGCCAAAGAUCCCAGCAAGUGGGAGCAGCUUUCAUUCCAGGAGUUUCAUUCAUGGAGUUUCAUUCCAGGAGUUUGGAGUCUCUGAGCAGCAAAUAGGGGCAGGUGGCAGCCAAGUGCUACUUCCUUGGUUUUACAAUUGCAUGGAAACUGGAGCGGUCUGGUACUUGAAUCCUGUCACUUCUCACUUUCCAGCUGCUCCAGCUCCCAUGGAAUUGGGCACUUAGGAGAUCAAAAUACCUCCUAGAAUAAAGUGUGUGAAAAGGAGCUGUGCUGGAAGGGGCUCAGUUCAGAGGCUUUUCCUGCUCCAUGUUAGUGGAAUAGGAUUUGGGGGGUUUCCCUUGAUCAGGGAAGGAGCCUUGUCUAGCUGGGCUGACUCCUGUUUUUUUGCAACAGCAGCUCACUCUUUAAUGCUUCAAACCUCAGGAUGGGCUUCCCAGUGUAAAAAACCACAGCUUUUCCCAUUCUUUUUCCCAUUUCUUUGCCUGUUCCUGUAGUAUUCCCACAGCAAUUCCUCAGCUGAAGCUGUGAGCAGAACUUUGGGGAAGGUAAGCACAAUCCUGCCUGGUGAGAUCCAGCAAUAAAGACACCCCUGCCCCCCCCCACAACCUGUGGCACAGAGCUAUUUUUUGGGAUAAAGGGAUGGCGGAGGUGUUCUCAUGGAAUUAUACACUAGAAAAAAGGGAAUUUUUGUACCAGAGGACAUUUCCAAGAGGUUAUAUUUGAGAUACUUAUUCCUGCUGGAGCUCAGUUAUUCCCAGUGAAAGGAAAGGAGUGUAGAUAUAUUUAAGGGCUGAGCACUUGGAUCUGGAGCCGGGGAAUGCUUUGUACUCAGAACAUAUGGAAGUGAAUUACUUGUUUGAGCUGUUCCUAUUAAAAUACAGAAUAUGGA